AAUUGCGAUUUGCGCCAUCUUUGAGAAUCGAUGAGAAUAAAACUUCAUCUUUCUUCCGGUUUCAACGCCGUGCGUCUCGAUCUUUCUUCUUGUCUUUCGAGAAAAAGUGGCAGCGAGUGAAACGGCAAGAUGUCGCUCGUGAUUCCUGAGAAGUUUCAACACAUUCUUCGUGUCAUGGGCACGAACAUUGACGGUAAUAGAAAAGUCAUGUUCGCUAUGACUGCGAUUAAAGGUGUCGGUCGACGUUAUGCCAACAUUGUUCUAAAGAAGGCUGAUAUCGACUUGGACAAGCGAGCUGGAGAAUGCUCUGAGGAAGAAGUAGAGAAAAUCGUCACUAUUAUGGCUAAUCCUAGGCAAUAUAAAAUACCAGACUGGUUCCUCAAUAGGCAGAAAGAUAUUGUCGAUGGAAAAUAUUCGCAGCUCACGAGCGCCAACUUGGACUCUAAACUGCGUGAGGACCUGGAGAGAAUGAAGAAAAUUCGUGCUCAUAGAGGUCUACGUCACUACUGGGGUCUCCGUGUACGUGGUCAACACACCAAAACCACAGGCCGUCGUGGACGCACGGUCGGUGUGUCAAAAAAGAAAUAACUUAUAUAUAUAUUAUGUAUAUUAAGAAUAAACUUUUAAACAAUGA